GGCUGUAUUCCGAAAGACGCCGUCUGCACUUCCGGUCUGGGAAAACGUUGUGCAAGCAAAAAAAGACAACUGAAUCUACCAGACUUCUGUCUUCUGUAAAGUUGAAAUGAAGAAAAGAUGAAACAAUUACCACGAUUAUCAGGAGCCCUCAGAGCUUUUACAGAUGUUGGAUAUAUUCAGGCAGAUGAGCCAGUAUCUAAUGAACACAAACGUCAACACAUAGCUCAAUCAAAAACAGAGGGAUUGACUUGGGAGAAGCUUACAUCUAAUCUUAAUAAACAGGCAGAUGUAGACAAGACAGAUCUUACUAAAACUUUGAAGGAAUUGUCUCAAUGUGCCAAGAAUAUAGUUGGAUCUGAAGCAUCAUCAGAAACAAUAGAAAGUGGUGCAGCCUUUCUCUUUGAUGUCUUCAAAGAUGUUGAUAAAGUUGGACCAACACAAACAGCAAAGCUUAGAAAUAUAUUUGGACCAUUUCCUGCCACUGCUGCUACUAAAGCCUGUAUCCUUGUUAACAGAGUAGUAUCAUGGAUACCAGAGGAAUCAUCGUUGUUACUAGGUAACCAGGAUAGAGAGGAAGGGGAUGGUGAAGCAACAGUUCAGGAGUUUGGGAAAGGGAUAAAAUUUGCUCUUCCUAAAUUUGAAGAGUUUCAAGAUUUGUCAGAAUCAGAGACAGAUGAUGAUGAUGAAGAGAAAAAUGCUAUAGGAGAUUUAAAAUAUUUAGAACCAACUCCACAGAAAACACAAAGAACACAACAACCGUCAGAUAAAUUAGAAUUUGAUGCUGCAUGGCUGGAGACAGAAAUGGGUAAAUAUUACUCUGAGGCAGACAUUGGAUUGUCAAUAGAAGAUUUAUGUUCCACAGUCUUUGAUGUUUUGACGUCAUCUAAAACUGACACAGAAUUACAGAAUGAUUUAUUUGAGUUUUUAGGAUUUGACAGAUUUGAACUGAUACAGAGUCUGAUUCAGAACAGAAAACAAAUCAUCAAAACAGCUUUAAUGGCAGAAGAGAGUGCUAAAAAAAAAACGGAAGGUAGUUUUAGUAGACCAACUUAUGGUUGUCAAGUUACAAUCCAGUCUGAAGAUGAAAAAAGGCUGAUGAAACAAAUGAGAAAGGAUGAGAAGCGUGGAGACAGACCGAGAACUGAUGAUAUGGAAUCGUUCAACUUUGACCCUAAAACUAUGAGGAUGCAAAGAGAGGCAGCCCUAUUAGCAGCUGCUACAGCACCAGUUUUACAGCAGAACAGCCUUAACAGGGGAAGCUACAAAAUCCCAGAGAAAUACCCAAAUGUGUAUGACAGCAUGGCUGAGGCUAGACAAUCAUCUGCAUUUAUUGCUGGUGUUAAGAUGUUACUGUCAGAUAAUUUCCGUAAGAACAACAAUAAAAUGUAUGAAGAAGUGAUAAUACCACACACAGACACGGCACCAGCUAACAUUGGAAAUAACAGGGUACCAGUAGAUCAACUAGAUGAGAUUGGACAGAUAGCCUUCAAAGGGACGAAGGAAUUGAAUCGUAUCCAAACAGUUGUAUUCCCAGCUGCGUACAAAACUAAUGAGAACCUGUUGAUCUGUGCCCCUACUGGAGCUGGUAAAACUAACAUUGCUAUGUUAACCAUUCUACAUGAAAUAAAACAACAUAUCUCUCAAGGGGUCAUCAAGAAGGAUGAAUUCAAAAUCAUUUAUGUGGCUCCAAUGAAGGCCUUGGCAGCUGAGAUGGUGAGAAACUUUGGUAAUCGGUUGGAACCGUUGGGUAUAUCUGUGAGAGAGUUGACUGGAGAUAUGUCUCUAACAAAGGCAGAAAUUCUGAAAACACAGAUGAUGGUAACAACACCAGAGAAAUGGGAUGUUGUCACCAGGAAAAGUACGGGAGAUGUGGCUCUUGCACAGUUGGUGAAACUGUUAAUUAUUGAUGAAGUUCAUUUACUCCACGAUGACAGAGGGGCUGUUAUUGAAAGUUUAGUGGCCAGGACCAUAAGACAGGUUGAGAGUAGCCAGAACAUGAUUAGAAUUAUAGGACUGUCAGCCACAUUACCAAAUUAUUUAGAUGUGGCCAGAUUUCUACAUGUUAAUCCAUACCAAGGUCUUUUCUUUUUUGAUGGCAGGUUUAGACCUGUCCCAUUAAGCCAGACAUUUGUAGGUGUCAAGUCUACCAACAGAGUACAACAGUUACAAGAAAUGAAUACAGUUUGUUAUGAAAAAGUACUGGAACAAGUACGACAAGGAUACCAGACAAUGGUAUUUGUUCAUGCUAGGAAUGACACAGUGAGAACAGCCAUGGUUCUACGUGAUAUGGCAAAGAACAAGAAUGAAAUUGGUUUCUUUUUACCAGAACAAUCUAGACAGUAUGGAGAGGCACAGAAAACUACGAUGAAAUCACGUAAUAAACAGCUGAAGGAUUUGUUUCCUGAUGGCUUUGCCACUCACCAUGCUGGUAUGUUACGACAAGACAGAAAUAUCGUAGAGAAAUACUUUGCAGCAGGACUAAUUAAAUGUUUAGUAUGUACUGCCACUCUAGCCUGGGGAGUAAAUCUACCUGCACAUGCUGUCAUCAUUAAGGGCACACAAAUUUAUGAUGCCAAGAAAGGUUCUUUUGUUGACCUUGGAAUUCUAGAUGUGAUGCAGAUAUUUGGAAGAGCAGGACGUCCACAGUAUGAUAAGUUUGGAGCGGGGACAAUCAUAACGGCUCAUGAUAAACUGUCACACUAUCUAUCACUAAUGACCAGACAGAAUCCGAUAGAAAGCCAGUUUAUAAACAGUCUGACAGAUAACCUAAAUGCUGAGAUAUCUCUGGGUACUGUUACUAAUAUAGAAGAAGCAGUGAAGUGGUUGAGUUAUACCUAUCUCUAUGUUAGAAUGAGAUGUAAUCCAUUGGCCUAUGGACUAAACUACAACAUGGCUGAGACUGACCCGAUGUUAGAGGCCUACAGAAAAGAUUUAAUAACAGCUGCUGGACGUAAACUAGACAAAGCUCAGAUGGUUAGGUUUGAUGAGAGGACAGGAUACUUUGCAUCAACAGACCUGGGUAGAAUCGCCAGUCAUUUCUACAUCAAAUAUGACACAGUAGAGGUGAUAAACGAGAACCUAAAGACAAUAAUGACAGAAGCUGAUGUAGUUGCUGUUGUAUCUAAAGCUCAAGAAUUUGAUCAGAUUAAGGUCAGAGAAGAUGAAAUGACAGAACUAGAGGAGCUUAUGAGUGAAACCUGUGUGAUGCAGGUUCCUGGUGGUGUAGAGAAUACAUAUGGCAAAGUUAAUAUUCUAAUGCAGGCCUUUGUAUCCAGACAGAGUGUUGAUAGCUUCUCACUUGUAUCCGACCAGGCUUAUGUAGCUCAGAAUGCAGGAAGAAUUAUGAGAGCUUUAUUUGAGAUUUGUCUAAAGAAAAGUUGGCCCAUAAUGGCUGGCCGUUUGUUAAACCUCUGUAAAACAAUUGACAAAAGACUUUGGGGAUUUGAGAAUCCUCUUCGACAAUUUCCAACCUUAUCACAGGAAAUACUGAAAAAAAUUGAAGACAAAAAAUUAACAAUUGAUAAACUAAAAGAGAUGGAUCAUAAAGAAAUUGGUCACAUGGUACAUCAUGUGAGAAUGGGAUCCACCAUUAAAAAGUGUGUCAAUCAGUUACCUGCCCUUGACCUUGAAGCAAGCAUACAACCAAUCACAAGAACAGUUCUCAGAGUGAGGCUGACAAUCACACCAGAGUUUAAAUGGGAUGAUAAGGUUCAUGGUACCAGUUCAGAACCAUUUUGGAUUUGGGUUGAGGACCCAGACAAUAACCACAUUUACCAUUCCGAAUAUUUCCUGUUAAACAAGAAACAGGUACAUACAGGAGAAGUUCAGAACUUAGUAUUUACCAUACCUAUAUUUGAACCACUGCCUACGCAAUACUAUGUCAAGGCCAUAUCAGACAGAUGGUUGGGGUCACAGUUCAUGUGUCCUAUAUCAUUCCAGCAUUUAAUACUACCAGAGAGACACCCUCCUCAUACAGAAUUAUUGGAUCUACAACCACUACCUAUAUCAGCAUUAAAUGACCCAAUGUUGGAGACAUUGUAUAAGUUUACCCACUUUAACCCCAUACAGACACAGAUCUUCCACUGUUUAUACCAUACAGAUAAAAAUGUCCUAUUAGGAGCACCAACAGGAUCAGGCAAAACUAUUGCUGCUGAGAUGGCUAUAUUUAGAGUGUUUAGGGAAUACCCAAAUCACAAGGCUGUCUACAUAGCACCAUUAAAAGCUCUGGUCAGGGAAAGAAUGGAAGAUUGGAAAGUCAGAAUAGAAAAGAAGCUUGGUAAAAAGGUUGUAGAGUUGACUGGGGAUGUAACACCAGAUAUGAGAGCUAUUGCAGGAGCUGACCUCAUCGUGACAACACCAGAGAAAUGGGACGGAGUAAGUCGUAGCUGGCAAACCAGGAACUAUGUCAAGGCUGUGGCUGUUUUGAUUAUUGAUGAAAUUCAUUUGUUAGGAAAUGACAGAGGUCCAGUUUUAGAAGUCAUUGUGUCAAGAACCAAUUUUAUAUCAUCCCAUACAUCUAAGCCUGUGAGAGUGGUAGGACUAUCUACAGCUUUGGCUAAUGCUAGAGAUCUUGCUGACUGGCUGGCUAUAUCACAGAUGGGACUAUACAACUUCCGACCAUCUGUUAGACCAGUCCCAUUAGAGGUACACAUACAUGGGUUCCCAGGACAACACUAUUGUCCAAGGAUGGCUACCAUGAAUAAACCAACAUUCCAAGCUGUAAAGACUCACUCUCCAGAUAAGCCAGUGUUAGUGUUUGUAUCGUCACGACGACAGACCAGAUUGUCAGCAUUGGACCUAAUAGCCUUCCUUGCUGCUGAAGAGAAUCCAAAACAAUGGCUACACAUGGAGGAGAUGGAGAUGGAAAACAUUAUCACUGGUAUUAAAGACACCAACCUUAAGUUGACCUUGGCCUUUGGUAUUGGUAUUCACCAUGCUGGCUUGGUGGAGAGAGACAGAAAAGUUGUAGAAGAACUGUUUGUCAAUCAAAAGAUACAAGUGCUAAUUGCCACCAGUACUUUAGCUUGGGGAGUAAAUUUUCCUGCUCACCUGGUGGUUGUUAAAGGAACAGAAUUUUAUGAUGGGAAGACCAGAAGAUAUGUUGACUUCCCUAUUACAGAUGUAUUACAGAUGAUGGGUAGAGCAGGCAGGCCUCAGUUUGAUGACCAGGGAAAGGCUGUUAUACUCGUCCAUGAUAUAAAGAAACAUUUCUAUAAAAGAUUUCUGUAUGAACCUUUCCCAGUGGAGUCCAAUCUGUUAGAAGUAUUACCAGACCACUUGAAUGCUGAGAUAGUAGCAGGGACCAUCACCUCUAAACAAGAUGCCAUGGACUAUAUUACAUGGACCUAUUUCUUUAGGAGACUAGUGAUGAACCCAAGUUAUUAUAACUUAGAUGACACAGACCAUGACAGUAUUAACAAGUUCUUGUCCAAGUUGGUGGAGCGAGCUCUGUAUGAGCUGGAGUGCUCUUAUUGUAUUUCAGUUGGAGAGGACAACAGAACUAUAGAUCCACAAACACUUGGGAGAAUAUCAUCAUAUUACUAUCUCAACCAUAACACAGUACGCAUGUUUAGAGAUGAACUCAAACCAGAAAGUACUAUAGCAGAACUGUUAGAUGUUUUAUCUAAUGCUAAUGAGUAUGAUGAGUUACCUGUCAGACAUAAUGAAGAUCAGCUGAACAGUGAGCUUGCCAAGAAGUUACCAGUGGAAGUAAAUCAGUACACUUAUGACUCUGCUCAUACAAAAGCCAAUCUGUUGUUACAGGCCCAUUUUGGACAUGGCCAGGUUGGACUGCCGUCUACAGAUUACAAUACUGACACCAAAUCUGUUUUAGAUCAGGCCAUUAGAAUACUACAGGCAAUGUUAGAUGUAUCAGCUGACGAAGGCUGGUUAGUGACAUCAUUACGGAUAAUGCAGAUGGUACAAAUGGUUGUACAAGGUCUCUGGUGUCAUGACAAUAAUCUUCUGACUUUACCACACAUGAUGCCGUAUCAUCUUGCUUGUCUGAGACCAUGGAAAGGACAUGGAGCUAAGAAGAAAGGAUACCCUGACAUUAAGAGUCCUAUAGAAACUCUGCCACAAUUAAUGGCUGUAUGUGAUGGAAGGUUUGAGGCACUUAAUGCUAUGUUAGGUGAAGAAAUGGAGAGAGGACAUUUGGAACAGAUAUACCAGACCGUUAGUAAACUUCCCCAGAUCUGUGUAAAAUUAUCUUUAGAAGGUUGGUGGGAGGGAGGAACAGGUGAACAGGAAAAGCGAUCUAUACAUACACCUUUACCAGGUACUAAAAUACAGGAUGAGAAUUGGAUGGAGGUGCAUGCUGACCAAGAAUAUGUUCUGAGAGUUGAUAUGGACAGAAUAAAUAAAAUAAAGAAGCAUGACAGUAAAGCCUUUGCACCACGAUUUCCCAAACCAAAAGACGAAGGAUGGUUCCUAUUGGUGGGUGACAUAGAAAACAAAGAAGUCGUAGCAUUAAAACGUGUAGGCUACAUCCGUGGUCGGUCCUCACAACAGAUCGCUAUAAUCAUGCCAGACAAUGUAGGCCGUGUGAUAUACACUAUAUAUAUGAUGAGUGACUCCUAUCUAGGAUUGGAUCAACAAUAUGAUAUAUGUUUAGAUGUGAUACCAGCUAGUAUAGAAUCCCAGGUUAAUACAGAACUUAUCGGGGAACUAGAUUUUGGUGACCUGCAAUUGUAACACACAAUAUUGUUGGUUUGAGUCCAUGGUAUAAAGAUGAUCUGGAUCUUGGCAGAAUUUUAAACAACUAUCACAUUGUGAUGUUGAAAGAGGAAAAUUUUUACUCUUAUUUAAUCUAGUCUCUUGAUAAAGCAAGGUUGUAUACAUUUUUUCAAUGUUAUGUUGAUAAUAGUUUUCACUUAGUUAUAAACAUUUUAAUGUCAUAUAUAAUGGUACAAGUCUGUCUUUUUCAUUAUCUGUUAACAGGAUCUGUUUCAUUGUAUAUUUAAUUACAGCUUAAUGUGUGAUUCAUUGCAGGAUCAUUUUAAAGUUACUUACUAAUUUUUUGUUCAGAAUUAACAGCUUUGAUAGAAAUUUAUAAAAGAUUGACCAAAAUAUUGUACAAUAGAAUAUAUUUGUUUGAUGACAAUAAACAAACCAAAGUUCCUUGUGAUGACCAUCACAUACUAGCUAAGAAGGUUUAUUAAUAACACUCUAUUUCUUUUUAAGAAUUUGGUUUUGUAUACAGUAUAAGUUAUAAGGAUCAUUUAAAGAGUAUAUGAAAAAUUAAUAGAAAAGUGUUCUAAAAUAGGUCCAUUUUAAUUUUUUUGGAGCAAAGUUAAAGGUCAAUAAUAGAUCAUGUUAAAUACAAAUUGAAUUAUUUGUAUCAUGUUGUGUUUGUUAUAAUUAUGUCAGGUGAGGGAAGUAUAAGAUUGACAGAAAGUACAACAAAAAACCCAACACCUUCCUUUCUCCAUAGAUUUGUCAAGGAAAAUAAAAGAUAGUAUGUUAUAACGUGUCUGUUGGAAUACCAAGCCCACCUUCUCAAGUUUGAUUUAUUGAAGCUAUCACCUGUUUGGAUAUUGACAUCCUUAUCUACCUUUCAAGGUAAAUACACAUGGUCAUUCCAGUUGUUAUCAAAAAUCACUUUAUAUCUAUAGCCUUCUAUUUCAGUUUUAUGAAUUGAGGCAAAACAUAUCAAAGAUAAUAAAAAAAUGUUCAAUAUUUAAGUGAAUAUGAUAUGACUGAAAUUUUUGUGUGUCUAAAUUUUGCUAUAAUUGUAGUAGUUAUUUAACUGCAAAAUUACUAUAGGCAAACAUAUUGCCUAUUUCAUUGUUCAUUGCAUUGUACAACACAGGUUCAUUUCUUCAACAUUGAUUGUUCCCAAGUUGAGACAAGGAUUUGUAUAGUAAGAUACAAAUCCUUGGUUGAGAUACAAACCUAAUACUUGGAUGGAGAGUUGUCUCAUUGGCACUCAUACCACAUCUUCUUAUAUCUAUUUACACACAGUUCUAACUUAUCUACAUGUGUUUUUCAACAUAGUAAUAUACAUAUUUGAAAUUACUUUUUUGGCAAUUCCAACCCAUAUCAUAUUUCCACUAUCAGACAUAAUUAUAGUCAUAUUCUAAAGCAAUAUGACAUGUGAUGCCAUUUGUUAUUGGAUGACAUCUGCUGUCAAUUCCAGGACUAACAGAUGGAAUCAUUGGCAUUGAGCAAAUUCAGACUUGAAUCUUUACCGAAAGUUAAAAUGUUUUAUUAUAAACAUUUUUAAGUAUUGCAUUAUAAAAGGAAUAACAGUACUGUUUGAAGCUUCUGUUAGUUUGAGAUUUGUUAAUUCAAUUGAUGGUGUAAGCUCUCUAAAUACAGUACUGGUAUUCCUUAAAUGUUAACUAUAGUGCUAUAAAUGUUUUUCACUUCAACUGGUAAAACAUGUAAUGACAUACUGCAUUUAAUUUGUAAAAAUCAAAUAGUCUCAUGAAAGAAGACAGAGUUAGUUCCCCUUUGAAAGAAUGAUUGUUUUUACUGAUAUGCAAAAUGAGAAAGUUUUAUUGAGAUUUGAUUAAUGCAUUAAAACAUGAAAAUGUGAACUUGUUUUAUAGUCUAAUCAAUAACAAGAAAUAGUUUUGUAUAUUGACCAAAAAAUCAAAAUUGCAAUGGCAUUUAGAUUUAGAGAAAAUAAAAAUUUGUGAAUCCAG